UUUAUUGUAUUGUCUCAAUAAAUUUUGGUUGGAAAGUCCGGAUAUCUUAUUUAAUCCUUCGUUUUAUUUCAUAACAAAAACAUUAAACGUUAAAGUUUAGGUAGAACAGAAGUUGACUAUCGUUGCCGAGUUCAUUCAUAAAAAACCCAGAAAGAAAGCAAAUAACAUUGUCUUUUUAGUUGACUACCGACUAAUAUUGGUGGCUGAGCUACACAAAGUCUGCGCAUCACAAUUACUUCAAGAUAACAGAAUUAAGUUUGACAAUAGUUUACUUUGCUCAAUGAGCCAUUUGUUUAAAAGAUUAACUUAAAGUGAAGUGCUGUUUCCAGUGAAGUGUGGUUACAAGUGAAGUGUAGUUUGGAUUAAUAACAAGCGAUUAAAAACUGUAUGUUCAUUUCUAAAAAAAGUCAGUAUCUACUACAUAAGUUAGCAUAGACAAUGUCAAGGGAAACAAAUUUAUCGUUUUCUGUAGAAAACAUUUUAAAACAUAAGCAUAAAAAAGAUAAAUGCCUAAUCUAUCACGAAUCAAAUAAAAAAAACAUUGAAGUUGAACAUUUUGAACGAAACUCUUUAUGGUUAAUUAACCCGACCAACCUAUCAUUUAGUAUCAAUGAUUAUUCAAAACAAAGAAUUUCACCUGACGGACGACUUUUAGAUAAAUUAAAUGUGAUAGAAAAACAAGAUCAUCUUUACGGUCGAAAACAUCGAAGAGUCAGAACAGCAUUUACCCAUCAUCAGUUGACAACUUUAGAAAGAACGUUUGAAACUAGUCAUUAUCCAGAUGUUGUUCUCAGAGAAAGAUUAGCAUCGUUUACAGGAUUAGCCGAAAGCCGAAUACAAGUAUGGUUCAAAAACCGUCGAGCGAAAUAUCGAAAACAUCAACUUUAUGACUCGUCAACCACUGAUCUUAACGACGAUACAGCAUAUUUUACAGACAAUAAAAAGUCUCACAAAAAAGAAAAUAUAUCAAGAACUGCAAAACCUAAACAUAUUCACCAUUUAUAUUCUGAAAAAACAACAAGCUUACCAAACCUACCUGGAUAUAAUAACUUAACAAACUUAAAGUCAGUAAUAAAAUCACCGACAAUUUAUGGAACUUUGAUAUCAUUUUGAAUUAUUUAUAUUUUAUAUAACUUUGUACAAAUAAAUAUAAUUAGACUAAUAUAUUAUUGCUAGUUACAAA